GUUUGUGUCCUGCCUCCAGUGAAGGAAUAGAGCAAGCUCUCCAUGUGCGUCCUGCUUGGAAACGUUUCCAGACUUUCUCAUCCAGUGCGCGUCGGGGAUGGUAGCUUUCACCUGGACACGGAGCUCAGGUUUGGACAGUGAUGGACAACAUGUCUCCACAACAGCGACAGGACAACAAAAGGCGGAUGAAGUCUCAGAGUUAUCGGCGACAGUCUGCCCCCUCGCUGGUCAUCACCAAGGCUCUCACCAGGUCCAAGACUCUCUCCAGAGAGAGCUUCCAGGUUCCUGUGUGCCCAGAGACCUGCUCACUGGUCCAGUCCUAUCUCAGCGGCUCCGAUAGGUCGUUACUUCUCCACGGACACGCUCAGUUGAAGACCGGGAUGCAGACCCAGGACAGACACCUCUUCCUGUUCACCGACAUGCUGGUGAUCGCCAAAGCCAAGUCAGCCAACCACUUCAAGCUGAAGGCCCAGGUGUGCGUGUGUGAGAUGUGGACAGCUGGCUGCAUGGACGAGGUGUGUGAGGGAAGCACCAACCCGGAGAGGAGCUUCGUUAUGGGCUGGCCCACCUGUAACUGUGUGGCUAUGUUCAGCUCGGCAGAACUGAAAGACAGAUGGCUCCCCCUCCUCAAAAGUCGCAUAAGAGAAGAGAAAGAGAAGGAGGAACCUAAAACCAUUCCUCUCAGAGUGUACGGGAAGGGAAUCAAUACUUUUGCUGUGACCAAGACCCUCCCGGUCAGCAACUCGGAUUCAACCAACGAGGUGAUCCGAUUGGCCCUGCAGCAGUUCAGCGUCAUCGGAAAUGUGAAAGACUACCAGCUGUGGGUCAUCUCCAGGAGGGACAACGCCCCCUAUCCUCUGAUUGGUCACGAGUUUCCCUUCAGCAUCCAGAUGAGUCAUGUGAGACACGCGAUGUCUCAGGGAGGCGGCGUGAGGGACGCCGACGGACAGAGGGCCAUGCAGGUGGAGCAGAUGCAGGUGUACAAGCAGUGCCAGUUCAUUAUGAAGCCGCGACCCGUUGAAACGCUGCAAGUUUCUGCAGAGUGGUCCCAUAAGCCAUUUAAAAGGAGGCAUUCCCUCAUCACCUGGGCCUUCUGGAGAGGCUCCUUCUCUAACCUGAACGAGCUGUCCCUCGCCACCGCGCCGCGGGGCUGCCUGUUCGGCCAGCCCCUCAGCUCCGUUUGCAUCCAGGACGCUCUGCCAAAGCCGGUGAUGGACAUGAUGGCUUUUCUGUACCACGAGGGCUCGUGGACGCGGGGGAUCUUCCGUCGGCCGGCGGGGGCUCGGGCCGUCAGGGAGCUUCGAGACUCACUGGAUGCUGGAGAGUUUCAACUCCCUCUCACGAAAGACCACGUGUUCAUCAUUGCUGGAGUCUUUAAGGAUUUUCUGCGCAGCAUCCCAAGCAGCUUGUUCUGUUGUGAGCUGCAUGAAGAAUGGAUGGACGUGCUGGAGGAAGAGGAUGAGGAGGAAGAACAAGUGCUGGACAUAAAAAGGAUGAUUUGCCGCCUGCCCAAAGAAAACGCCCUGUUGCUACGCUACCUGUUUGCCAUGCUGCACGGUAUCCAGGGCAACGCCCACGAGAACCAGAUGACGACUUUCAAUUUAUCGGUGUGCAUCGCUCCCAGCAUGCUUUGGCCUCCCGGAGCACCUUCUAGCCCCGAGGUGGAGGGAGAAGGAACCAAGAGGGUUUGCGAGCUGGUGAAGUUCAUGAUUGAACACUGUCAGCAGAUUCUGGGCGAGGAUCCCUCCUCCCUGUACGGUGGGCCGCCGCAAAGACUCAACACCGACGAGACGGGAUCGGAGUCCUGGCUGUACCCUCUGACGGACUCGUCCUAUGACAGUCUGGAGAACGAGUUGGACGACAUCGGCGGCGGCUCCCCGGGCUUUUGCAGCAGAAGGCAACACGUUAGACCCAAAACGCUACAAGGCAGCCUGGACUCCAUCCUCACAUUCAGCGACUGCGACCAGGACACAGACCCAGAUAACCACCAGACCCCAGCCGACAGCCCGCAGGUUCUGAAGUCACACUCGCCGGGGAGAGCCAGCCCGAGCCAGGACGCCGCGGACACGUCCUCCGCUCUGGAACUGCUGUCCCUGGACGGACCCCGCAGACGGCGACGACGCUCGGCGCCCGCCAAGUUUCGGCCGUGCGUUUCGGGCGGUACCGGCGGUCUCUCCGACGAGGACGAAGAGUUCUCCAACGUACCCGGCAGCCACUCGAUCGCGCAGUCCAGAGGUCAGACCGCCGCUGUCGAAGUGAGCUCCCCCAGCCUGUCCUCCACCCCCUCCUCCCCCGCGCAAACCCGCUCCUCCCCGGACUCUCUGGACUCCCCCGGCAGCGAUGGGCUUUACCCGACCGAGACGCAGCUGCCAUCCAGCUCUCCCUCUCUACCCUCUGAGCCCUCGACCGCAAGUUCCGCUGGUGGAAAUCUAGACGUUGGAAGUUUAAAAAAAGGCUCCCCGCCUAAAGAAGCGCUCAACUGGGGGACCUUAAAAGGCUGCAGAGGCCUCCACCCAAACUCUUGGCUGAAGAAAGGACGGAGGCUAUCGUUAACCCAACAAGACAACUUGGAGAAGGAAACUGAGGAGAAGAUCGGGGGACGGACCACCGAGAAGUCGCAUGCGUUUUGGAAAGGAAAAGCAGCAAAGCCAAUGCCCGGCAGCCAACUCAAGUACAAAACACCCUGCAAAGCCUCAAAAGAUGCAGGAGGGGAGGCAAGCCAAGUAAAGGGGAGGCCUGGCCAGGAGCCCCACAAGCCCCAAAACCUCAGACCCGACCGUUCCAAUACCGGAGGCGACGCCGCCGAAAAGGAAGUAAAUGAGGGGAAGCAACCGUCGCCGUUUUUAUUCUACAAGCAGAGCGGGCCGCCUCUGUCCCUGUUCAAGCAACACAAGUCGCCGUCGGUGGAGGAGGGACGGCUAUACGAGCGCCGGGGGUCGGAACCUGGGCGGCAGGUUGUAGACCGAGCCCCCGCCCUCACCCGGGCGAGGCUGACCAGCGACCCGGGAUUUAAGGUCUCUGAUUCGGGUUCACGAGGAGGGACGUCAGAGUUCCGUUCCUGCCUUUCUCCCAAUGCCACCAAAGCAGUGAGGGACUACUUUGAAUCUCACCCACGCUCUAACGCCAAGAGCAGCCAACAGGUGACGCACGCCCUGGCGGAGAGUCGCAGGGAAUGGCUGAAGAUAUGCAGCGAACCCACGGCAGAACCAGACUUUGACCAGCUUCUGUUUGCUGAAGAAUCUUAUGUCUGAAACAGAGUAAAACUUAACAUCCAUCCAUCCAUCCAUCCAUUUUCGCCCGCUCGUAUCUCGCUUGGAUCUCAUUCUUUCGGUCACUGCCCAAAGCUCACGACCGUGGGUGAGGGUCGGAACGUAGAUGGACUGGUAAAUCACUGCUGACGCUGCGCCGAACCGCCCGUCCAUCUCCCGUUCCAUUUUACCCUCACUCGUGAAUAAGAUCCCGAGAUACUUGAACUUGAAGAACCGCGCCAUCUGCAAAAAGCAGGUCCGCAAAAAUCACAAACGGGAUUGGCGACGGCUGCUAGUGACGAACCAGGUACCCCGCAGGACUCCCCAAAACACACGUAGACUGGACGAGCAAACUCCCACGCCCCCUCCAACAGACCUGUUCCGCAUCGCUCCUCCUGAAUCCGAGGUUCGACGAUCGGCCGGAGCCUCCUUGUGCGAUACCCCUACAAUUGGAGCACGCUCUCUGGUCCCCCGCUCCACAGGCGCCGUACCCUUGCCGCUGAAGAGCUUUUGAACUACCUCGACGAGGCGUACGGAGGAUUCUUCAGACUUUGCCUAUUCCACAGAGGACGUGUUGGUCGGGUUCAGGAGUUCCUCAGUCAUAGUAUAGCUCCGUGAGGAAGAACUCGGACCCUUUCAACCAGCAAAGUGACGAAGACCUGCGGAAGGCUCUGGAGGAGGCGAGCGUCCAAUCAGCUCGCUCCAAGAGUUGUGUUUCUAGCUCUCGUUGUCACGUGCGUCAGGAGAAACAUUCACUCCGGGUUCCCCACGGGUGAAGUUGGAGACGGUUCCGGCCAGAGGCGUCCCGACGAGCGACGAGGCCACGGCCAAGACGGCAGAAACCUGUUGCGGCAGUGUGCGGUGACAAGUUACUGGUUUUGUGGUAACUGAUCCCAGACCAGCGGAAUAUGCCCAAGCUUUACAGAAGAAGACUGUGAAA